UUUUUUUGCGUUCUUCUUCAACUUUUCUUUUUAAAUCAAACCUUUUCUUUUUAAAAUCACAUUGCAUUUCCUAACGCUCAACAAAAUCUCUCUCUACUAAUAUCUCUCUCUCUCUCUCUCUAUUGUUGAAGAAGACUCAUAAUCGGAGAUUGUUUGUUUUUGGUUUGCUCUGUAAAUUGGAGAAGUUUUGUUAGAGAUCAAAUGGCUGGGAUUUGUUGCGGUGUUGUUGGAGAGACUGAACCGGCGGCACCGGUUGAUUCAACUUCUCGAGCUUCUCUUAGACGGAGGUUAGAUCUACUUCCGUCGAUCAAAAUUGUUGCUGACUCCGCCGUUGCUCCUCCGCUUGAAAACUGCCGUAAACGGCAGAAGCGUGAGACAGUAGUGCUCUCGACGUUACCGGGAAAUCUAGAUCUGGAUUCGAAUGUGAGGAGUGAGAAUAAGAAGGCUAGAUCAGCGGUUACGAAUUCAAAUUCUGUUACGGAAGCAGAGAGUUUCUUUUCCGAUGUACCUAAGAUCGGUACGACGUCGGUUUGUGGUAGAAGACGAGACAUGGAAGACGCUGUCUCGAUUCAUCCUUCGUUUCUUCAACGGAACUCUGAGAAUCAUCAUUUCUACGGUGUCUUUGACGGCCAUGGCUGCUCUCAUGUUGCGGAGAAGUGCAGAGAACGGUUGCAUGAUAUAGUGAAGAAGGAAGUUGAAGUUAUGGCUUCCGACGAGUGGACAGAGACGAUGGUUAAGAGUUUUCAAAAAAUGGAUAAAGAAGUUAGCCAACGAGAGUGUAACUUAGUUGUUAAUGGUGCUACUCGGAGUAUGAAAAAUUCUUGUAGAUGUGAAUUGCAGUCUCCUCAGUGUGACGCCGUCGGAUCCACCGCUGUUGUAUCGGUUGUCACGCCGGAGAAGAUCAUUGUUUCUAAUUGCGGUGAUUCACGGGCUGUGCUUUGUCGUAACGGUGUAGCCAUUCCUCUCUCCGUAGAUCACAAGCCGGAUCGACCCGAUGAAUUGAUUCGGAUCCAACAAGCUGGUGGGCGAGUUAUAUAUUGGGAUGGAGCUAGGGUUCUUGGAGUUCUUGCCAUGUCUAGAGCAAUUGGUGAUAAUUACUUGAAACCGUAUGUGAUUCCGGAUCCGGAGGUAACAGUGACGGAUCGAACUGAUGAGGAUGAGUGUUUGAUCUUGGCGAGUGAUGGACUAUGGGAUGUUGUACCAAACGAGACGGCGUGUGGCGUGGCUCGCAUGUGCCUUCGAGGUGCUGGUGCGGGUGACGACUCAGAUGCGGCGCACAAUGCGUGCUCCGAUGCGGCGUUGCUCUUAACAAAGUUGGCUCUAGCAAGACAGAGCUCCGAUAACGUGAGCGUCGUUGUGGUUGACUUGAGGAAGAGGAGGAAUAAUCAAGCGUCGUCUUAAUAAUUAGUGUUAUAAUUAGUAGUAGUAUUAGAAUAAUUGUUACAUAGCCUAAUUGUAAUUGUAUUCUUUUUAUUUUUCUAUUUUAGUUUUUCUCAUUUUAAGGUGUUUUUUCUUUUCUAUUUUAGUUAGCUCUUAAUUCAGGCUGGGGAAGAAAAAGAGCUGAUUAAAUAGUUUGAGUAUUUUUCUUAUUUUUCUAUUCAGGUAAUAUUAUACAUGUAUUCUUUUAGUAUGGUCGUUGGAAAUGUAAUAAUCUAAUUCAGAGGGGAAAAAUGUUAAAAUGAAAGAACAGAUUAUGCGUAUUUACCAUUUUAAAACUUCGGUUAAUGUUAUUCGAUCCGAACUGGUUUAGUAUGAGUCUCGACGAUGAUUUGAAUCCAAACCGGUUACUUACUAAUCUUC